AUGCUCUUCCGUCUUGCUUCUGCUGCAGCAACGGCCAUUCUGCUCCUGACUGCCAGCGCUGCCCCGACACCGACACCCUCGAAUUCCACCCAGACACCGGGUGAUGGUUUCCCUAACCCCAAUGCCACGCAGCUCGAUGCCAUCAACCGCCAGGCCGACGGCACUCUGUCCGACGCAGCCCCGCCAGCCAAGCUGUCCAAUGACAGCCUGCCGGCCUUCCAGCUGAUCGCCUUUAACGAGAACUUCGAGGUCGCCUUCUUCACGUCGCUGCUUUACAACGUCACCAACGACGUGCCUGGCUUCGAAGUGCCCUGGCCUGCCGAACGGGCCUCUCUCAUAGGCGUGCUGAAGACUGUGCUCGCCCAGGAGGAGCUACAUGCUCUCAACGCCGAGGGGGUGCUCAAGCACUUUGGCGCGUCUCUUGUGCCCGAACCCUGCACUUACACCUUUCCCACCACUCGUCUGGGUGAUGCCAUCGCUCUAGCCGAGACCUUUACCAGCGUCGUGCUUGGCACCCUGCAGGAUGCGGCCCAACUGCUGGCUGAGAACGGUGAUGCGGGUCCUGUGCGCACCAUCGCCUCGGUCAUUGGUCAGGAGGGAGAGCAGAAUGGCUUCUACCGCAGCCUGCUGAACCGGAAGCCGUCGCAGAAGCCGUUUCUGACGACUAGCGUUGCGGCUUUUGCCUUUUCUGUCUUGCAGGGCUUCGUCGUCUCCUGUCCAUUUGACAUUGCCGACAUCCCCAUUCCCAUCUUCCCAGCUCUGUCUGUUGAGAGCGGCCUGUCUGCUGGUGGUGCCGCCAACGUCGAGCCGAUUGAUCAGGACCUUACCUUCUCUGCCAACCUCACUGGCGUCGCCGAUGCUGCCAAGCUGGUCGGAAAUGCCACCGCCACUGAGGACUCGCUCUUCAUCACCUACUUCACCGGCCAGGACAGCCCUCUCAGUGAGUCCAUCACCAACGCAUCCUGGGCUGGUGAUGUCCUCACUUUUCAUGCCGCUUUCCCCUACACUGAUUUUGUUCUGGACGGCCUCACCAUCGCCGCUCUGACUGUCGGCCAGAACUUCUCCAGCCCAGACGAUGUGCCCGCAAAGACACUCGCAGCACCAGGUCUCAUCCAGGUCAACGACCCGCUUAUCUGA